AAACAUACUCGUCUGCAGAGUGAAUACAAAAUUCUAAAGAGCGAAAGUAGUUUUCGCUGCAGAGAACGCAAUUGUUUCCCCAUCACUCAGUUCAGUUAAAAGAGUUACAAUCCUGAGUUGUGUUUGGUUUUUAUCGUCUGCUUUGGUUUUUAAAUCGAUUAUUAUUGUUCUACUUUAAUUUUGUAAAUCGAUUCGUUUCCACAUGCGAUUAAUUUCACUGGCAUGCUUUUCUUUAUUAUGAAAGUUGUUUGAUCUGUUAGAAAUGUAAUUUUGUUACGAACUUUAAUUAAGAAAAAUAUAUAAUCAGUACCAUCGAUUUUUCAAAAGUCAUUUUUUGAUUUAAUCAUGUUGAUUGCGUGUUAUGUCGUGCUUUUAUUUUCGAUUAAUUUUUCAAAUUUUGUGACUACUGCUGAAACAUCCUCUGAAGGAAUUGCGUCUACCACUGAGUCACCGAAAAUUGUAAAAAAGACGGAAACUGGUCUUCAAGGAAAAUUGAAAGAGAUGAUGGACUCAAUAUCCAAGCAAAUUUUUCCAUAUGCAGUUAAACUUGGUACUACUUCAAAAGCAUCAACUUCUUGUAAACUUGAUUUAAUGGUUACAGGUAUGGCAGCUCAGCGCAUGGCCCCAUGGUCACUGAAAAUGAUAGAUUCGUUUGGCAAAUUAUCAGGAGGAAUGCUAGAGGGAAUAACAUCUGCACUUGGUGACUACGAUGAGUGCCUGGAUGUGAUAAUCGGUGGUAAAAAGAAAAGGAAAUUUCGUACUGGAACAUACUGUAUGUUGGAAAUCAAGCCACCUGACUCCAUACUUACAGCCAUCAAAGAGGUCCAGAUCAAUAAGAAUAACAGUUUAAUGUCUACACAUCUAAAGGACCCGAUAUUUCAAAGUCUACGAAGGGUUCGAACAAAUCCUGAUCAUAUAAUGUUCCGAUUGGGCAUUUGUAUGCCAUCUUCUUGCAGUGUUAACGAUGUUCAAAACCUUAUUGACACAGGUAUUGACAUAGCUGAAAUGAAAGGUCGUUUACCAGUGCAUGUCAGCCAUUGUGAUGCAAAAGUGGGAUAUUAUUAUCAACCUCAUGAGAUUUUAAUUUUUUGUCUAAUAGGUGUGUUCCUCAUCAUAGCAGUGAUUGGAACUAUUGUUGCAUUCUUAAAAAAUAUCUGGUACUCAGACAAGGACUCAAAUUCAAACGUCGAAACGAAAGGGAAAUUUUAUGGAAAAGAAAACCUAUCUAUUAAGGAAAGAGCUGUGAAUUUAUGUUCAAAAUUUUCAGUGGGCCACAGUAUAUCAAAACUAUUAUGCUGCGACAAUAAUAAUGACGCCUCUGAUGUUUGCAAGGGAAUGACGUUUUUCAAUAUUUUAUUUUCAAUAUUUUUGCAUACAUAUGCUUUACCACACCCAUUACAUUUGUACAGAUUUCGAGAUACAUUAAAUUUUACUAAGUUUAUCGAUGAGAUUUUAUUUGGGGCUGUUGCCAACUCUUCCGUUGGCAUCGACACUUUCUUCUUUUUGGGAGGAUUUUAUUUUGUGAAUUCGAGAUGGAAAAAUAUAAAGAGGCCAAACAUAUUGCCUUAUAUUUUGAAGUUUAUAUUCAUGGUCGUUAUAAGAAUGAUAUUUGCGCAAGUUCUAGUUGGAUGUUUGUUAUUUUUACUCCCUUCUCUUGGAUCUGGACCGCUUUGGAAAGACUUUGUAGAAUCGCCUGUAAACAAUUGCAAAAAAAGUUGGUGGAUGAAUUUGCUCUUUAUUCAAAACUUCUUGGGACCCUAUGAUAUAUGCCUUUAUCAAAGCUGGUUUUUUCCAACUAUGGUUCAUGUUUUCAUUAUAACUGCGGUACUAGUAUAUGCACUUCACAGGUGGCCUUUUGGAGGAGUUGUAAGCACAGUAACUGUUAUCGUGAUAAGUGUUUUGGUUAUGGCACUGGUAACAGCAAUAACAGGAUAUCCAGCUACCUUAGCUGUUUAUUUCUAUGAUUACAGGACAUCUAUCUAUUUCUGGAAAUAUGUGUACACGCAGUUUUAUACACAUAUUGGAUCCCAAUGUAUCGGAAUGUUGACGGCAUAUUUCAUAGCUGAGUACCCAAUAAAAAAGCUGGAUAAAAGGCUCGUACUAUUGGCUUGGUUGGCUUCAUUGUUGACAAUGAGUUCCAUAGUCUUAGGCUUGUAUGAUUAUCGUGAUGGGGCAGAAAUGUCAAGAAGUCUAGCUGUUUUCUAUGCGGCUUUUCAUAGACCUGCAUGGGCUCUUGUAAUUGGCUGGAUAAUUUACGCUUGCGCAACCGGUUACGGGGGCGUCGUGAACUCAUUUCUAACAUGGAAAGCUUUCAUGCCGUUGGAAAGACUGAGUUACUUGGCAUACCUUUUGCAUAUUCCCAUAAUGUAUUACCAUGGUGGAGUUCAAAGAGAAAGGAUGUACAUGGGACAUUACAAUCAGCUUAUGUGCUUUCUAGCCUAUGCUGUAUUGAGUUAUGCUUUAGCAUUUGUUUGUUACAUUAUUUUUCAAGCACCAUAUGAAAUUAUAGAAGGAUGCAUUUUUAACAAAUCUGCCGAAGAAAAUAUGGGGGAAAGAAAUUCUACAAGCGUUUCAGAAAUAAAAUUACAGAAAACAAGCAGUGAAGUUACAGUAGACGAAGAAGAAAAUAAGUUAAAAGUUUUCAAUAGCAGGUAUUAAGUAAAACUAAGCACUUAAUUAACUAAUCUGCUUUCUAGAAAUAUAUAUUUCGAUUGUAAUUAAACUUUGCGAAUUGUAAUCCUUACAUUUCUUAUGUAUUUGUAACAAUUGUUAUUCUUCAUGAUGGACUAGUCUGAUACUCAUUGACCAUUGUUAAUCAUAUUCCACACUUUUACU